CAGUUUAUAACGGAAAGUUCUAAGCGCCGGUAGUCUACAAAAUAAUGAACGCAGUGUUUCAAUUGUAAAAUAAUUUUGAAAAAAAAAAAACAACAAAAACAUAAUAAAGAAAAAAAAUUGAAAUAUUAAUAAAACAUUUGUUUAAUAAUAUUAAAUAUAUUUACAUGCAAAAAAGGGUUUAAAAAAUAUAUGUGAACAAAUUAAAGUUAGUGUUUUUUUUUCGCUGGAUGGAGUAUUAAAGAAAGAAAACUUAAGAAAAAAAUAUAAUCAACAUUUUUACGAGUACACCUCGUCAUCUAUAAUCAACCAACUUUAUAUGGGAGCAAAACUACCCUUACAACGACUGGAAAAAAUUAUUGGCCAACUAGUAAAUUUCCCAAAAUACUCAUACACUUAAUUGCGAACGAGUGUGUUCAAUCAAAUAGACUUUUUGUGAUUUGUUACACAAAACAAUUAAGAACAAAAAAAUACUCUCAUCUGGAUUGGUGUUUCCUUGUAUUUGUUGAUGGCUGCUACUAAAAUUAUUGAUGCGCCUCGCAAUGGCCAUGAAAUGGCGCCGUUGAAUACCCGAGCACGCGGAGAUGGUACACAUGGUGUAACAAUUGUUUUGACUGCUCCCCAAAGAAAUUCCGUUAGUUCUGUGGAGAUACCGGGAGAACCGGAACGUGCAGCAUGGUCUGGCAAAAUGCAAUUUUUCCUCAGUAUUAUUGGUUACUCAGUUGGUUUGGGUAAUAUUUGGCGGUUUCCCUACUUAUGUCAACAGAAUGGUGGAGGUGCAUUUCUAAUACCCUUCAUGGUAAUGUUGGUGCUGGAAGGCAUACCACUGUUUCUCAUUGAACUGGGCAUGGGACAGCGCAUGCGUCUGGGUGCGCUGGGUGUUUGGAAUACCAUACAUCCCUGGCUGGGUGGUAUUGGUAUCUCGUCAUGUAUAGUGACGUUGUUUGUGGCCCUCUACUAUAAUGUGAUUAUAACGUGGGUGUUCUUCUAUUUGUUUAAUAGUUUUCGGUAUCCUUUGCCUUGGGCUUCAUGUCCUAACAAUGGCACAGAAGGUUUUAUAGUUGAGGAAUGUGCGCGUUCUUCAGAAACCACUUACUUUUGGUAUCGCACAACAUUGGAUGCUGCUCCCUCCAUGGAUGAGUCAGGCGGUCUUAAAUGGUGGAUCGUGCUCUGUUUGUUGCUUUCCUGGACAAUUGUCUUCUUCAUUGUUAUGAAGGGUAUUCAGAGUUCGGGUAAAGUGGUGUAUUUUACUUCACUCUUUCCCUACAUUGUCCUGACAAUCUUCUUUAUUCGUGGCAUAACUUUACGUGGCGCCAGUGCGGGUCUCAUGCACAUGUACACGCCGAAAGUUGAGAAACUAGCGGAUCCCACGGUUUGGCUGGAUGCCGCGACACAAGUAUUUUAUUCAUUCGGUUUAGCCUUUGGCUCCUUGAUUGCCUUUGGCAGCUACAAUACGCCCAAGAACAAUUGCGUCCGUGAUGUUUUAUUAGUGUCCGUUUGUAAUGCCAUUACCGCCAUUUACGCCAGUGUUGUCAUUUUUGCCAUUUUGGGCUUUAAGGCUACCGUCAAUAUGGAUCGUUGUAUUGAAGUAAAUAAAGACAUUUUAUUUAAGCAUGAUAUGUUGCCUUCCAAUAAUGUCACCGAGGAAAUCUAUGAAGCAGCCAUGGCCAAGGUGAACAUGAAUCAAACUAAAGAAUGGGAACUUGGAGAAUGCAGUUUAUCGCAUGAAUUGGAUAAUGCUGCCGAGGGUACUGGUUUGGCCUUUAUAGUUUUCACACAGGCCAUUGUAGAAUUGCCGGGUGCACCAUUCUGGGCUGUUCUCUUCUUUACGAUGUUGUUGAGUCUGGGCUUGGGUUCACAGAUUGGCAUACUUGAGGGCAUGCUGUGCACACUGUUUGACAUCGACAUCAUUAAGCGGGUUAAGAAACAACAUGUUACUGGAGUGGUGUGUUUUUUCUGCUUCAUUGUCGGUUUCAUCUUCUGUACAGGUGCUGGCGAGUAUUGGCUGAAGAUGUUUGACUCCUUUGCCGGUACAAUUGGUCUGGUAGUGAUUGCGCUUAUGGAAAUGAUUGCCGUCGUUUAUAUCUAUGGUCAUGAAAGAUUUACUGAAGACAUUUAUCAAAUGACUGGAUAUCGACCUGGCAUCUACUGGCAAUUGACUUGGCGUUACUUUGGACCUCUUAUCAUGGUGGCUAUUCUUGUCUCCUCUGUGGUGUUUAUGAUUAUUAAGAAUCCCACUUAUGGUGCCUGGAAUGAGGACUUGGGCGCGGUUGAAUCUAAGAGCUAUCCACCAUGGGUUAUGGGCAUAGCUUUGUCUAUGAUUUUAGCUGGCGUUUUACCAAUGCCAAUAGUGUUCCUAAUGCGUAGCUUCCAAUGUCUCAAGGUUGAUUUGGAUAUUCAUCAAGGUUCGAUUCGAAGAAAUGAAACAACCGCCUCUACUAAGGAAAUGAUUGAUAACGAUGAUGAUAUUGUGAGUCCGGAUAUGCCACCACAAGAUUCAUUAGCGGCGACACGUUUUACAAUUGGAGACUUUGAAAACUAAAUUUAAAAAUAUAAUUAUAAUAUAAAAAAAUAAAUUUAAAUAAACGACGACAACAACAACAAAAAAACAACACUAUCCAAACGCUUAAAGAAAUAAAAACGUCUACACCACAUCAAAUCUAACGAACAGCAUAAAUGGAUGAUAUUAAUUUUGCUGAAAUAAAAAAAAGGAUCUAAAAUGUUUUCACAAUUAAAAGCAAAUUAAACAAUAACGGUUACCUCCUAAUUGAAAACAAAUAUUUAAAAAAAUAAACCACUAUAACAACACACAAAUCAUAAAAACAUUACAAAAUUUUUCCAAAAUUGAAAAAAAAAAAACUUAACUCAUCUUUAACACCUGCAAAACACACACGUAAACAAACAAACGCUCGCUCAUUUGAUUUUGUUCAUCAAAGGAUUUUAACAUAUACAUACACUGAGAAAAUUUAAUUCUUAGAGAGAAUAAAAGUGCUUUUUAAAUAAACAUCAACUAAAUUUAUAUGAAUAGAAAACGAUUAAAAAUUUAAAUAAAAAAAAUAUAUAAAUUUAUAUUAAAGCAAUUAAUUAAUUAAAUUGAAAACUGCAAAUUAAAUACAUUAAAUUAUAUGUAUUAAUCUUAUGGAAAGUAUGAGAGAAGAGCGCCUUCUUAAUGAUUUAUAAAAAAAUAUUUAAUAAAAACAAUUAACAACUUUAAUCGAAAGAAAAAUAUUAUAAAAUUAUAAACUUAUUGUGUAAAAACCAACAACUACUUACAAAUGAAAACUAAAAAACUAUUUUACAACUAGAAAAUAUUUUAGCCACAGCAAUUAUUUACAACAUUUAACAACAACAAAAAAUUAAUUAAUUAUUUACUACGAAUUGAUGACUUCGAUUAGAAAAUGAAAACGAUUUUUACUUAAAGUAAAUAUUUCAGAAAAACAGAAAAUUAUACAGAAAUUAAUUGAAAGUAACAUUUAACUGAAAAUGCAAUAAACAAAUAUAAACGAAAGUAUGUAGUUUUAAAGUUAAAUUAAAUCAUAAUUAAUUAUUAUUAUUU